AAAUCACCAUUCACCAAGAUAAGAGUAGAAUAUGAUAGAGCCAACUAGACCUAUAUGAGCCCAACAAAAUUAAAAAAAUACCCCAAUAUAAAACUUUAUGGUUUAAAUUCAUUCAUAUUAUAUCAUCAACCCUCACCAAAAACCAAAACCUUCCACGCCGUUUAUCAUAUUGCUCAGUCAACCACCCAUCACCGCCGUAAGCGAUGGCAGAAGGCCAACACACCACCGACAUAAUCGCAGGAGACUCCGAAGCGCCGUCACAACAUCAACAGAACAACCCCUUCUUCUUCUUGUCUCUUAUUCCUAAGUUUUUGUUAAAACCCUUUGAGAAAAAUGGGAAAUCUGUGAAAAAGGUUGAUGGUGAAGAAAGUUCUGGAAGUAAUUCUAAAACCCCAGAUGUUGUUAGGUUUCCUGUGUCUAAGCCUGAAGUUUCUCCAUUGAAGGUUGAACGUGAAGAUGCUCAAGAAGAUACUAAUCCCUUAAUUCUUUGGCAGAUAUAUGCUCUUGGCGGAUUCAUUGUCUUGAAGUGGGCAUGGGGAAAGUGGCAGGAAAGGAAGGCAAACAAGGGCUCAUCUGGUAAAGAUCAACCUCCAGCUUCAGAUCAACCUCCGGCUUCAGCUCCUGCUCCAGCUGAGGAUUAGUCUUUUUUCUUUGUAAUUUUGCAUUACCAGUGUUACUAUUAGCCUUUUGAAUUUAUAGUGAUCUUUCUCAAUUGUGAAGGCUUCCAUUUUCGUUAAAUGAAAAGAUAAAGUUGCACUAGCAAAAGGGAGAGGGACAAAUAAAGACUAACCAAUCCAAGAACGGAUUCCCUAAAUUAUGGGAAAAGGCAAUUGACAUUAUUCUGGGUUUUAAAGUAACCCUGCUUUUCAAAGUAGAUCUUGUAAA